GACGGACGGCGCGGGCCGACGGCUAAACCUAAACCCCCCUCGACGCGGCACUGCAGCAGCCGCCAGCGGAGGCGGGGGGCAGAAAUGGCGGAGGGGAACGGCGGCAGCGGCAGCGGCAGCGGCGGUGCGGCGGGCGUCCGCGUGGAGGCAGAGUCCUCGGAGCCGAAGCGCACCACCCUACGCGCCAUGCCGCGCGAAGAAUGCGUAGAGGGCAUCCGCUCCGCGCUCCAAAAUCCGACGGUGCGGUUCCUGACGGAGAAGAUGGAGAAGGCCGGAUGCCAGGUGUGGCCGCGCUUCAUCAAAGCGGCAACCUGCGCCGGCGCCGCGGGCGGCUACAGCAGCGGGCAUGGGGUAAAAGUUUGCUGCAAUCACAUGGUUUUCCAAGAUCAGAUUACUCAGGUCCUCAUUCAUGAACUCAUACACGCUUAUGACGACUGUGUUGCCAAAAAUCUGGACUGGAAGAAUUGUGCUCACCAUGCUUGCUCUGAGAUUCGAGCCAAUCACCUUAGUGGUGAUUGCCAUUAUAAACGUGAAUUGUUGCGUGGUUUCAUGAAGAUAAGGGGUCAUGAACAAGAAUGUGUCAAAAGGCGGGCUCUGUUGUCUUUGAAAAGCAACCCAUACUGCUCAGAGGCUGCUGCAAAAGAUGCAAUGGAAGCUGUAUGGGAUAUAUGCUACAAUGACACACGCCCAUUUGAUAGAGCUCCAUGAAAUCUUUUCAGAGCUGGGAUACAUCAGCUAUUUUGUGCAACCUGCUUUGAUAUUCUGACGCCCUACAGAAAACUGUAUUUCAGCAAACGGUGACAGCGAAGUACAGUUUUUUUGUUCUGCUGUAGCCAAGCCGUGCUGCAUCCCGUGAUGAGUCUGCGCACAUUGUAAUGAUUUAGUUUAUGUAAUUCAAUUCUUUUGCGCGACAUCCCGACAGUUGAAUAAGUUAUAAACAUAAAGUUCGUCGGUGGCGUGCAUACUCUUUAGGCCU